AGUGACAUAAUCAGUUUAGAUUGCAGCGGAACGAAUGAGCACUGAUCUGGACAUUAUAUCCUUUGCACACAGACGAGUCACUAGAGUGACACCGAGAGACGUUCUCGCCUCAAAUGGAAAGGCAGGAUGAAAUAAUAUCAGCAAAUGGCAAUGAGGAGUGCCCGACAGAGAACGGUGAAAGUGAAAGCGAUGUGGACUGGAACAGGUUUAUUUCCCAGGAAACACCACAGGGGGGAACAGAGGAAGAGGCCAUAGCUCCAUGGAAACCUGGUGAACCAGUGACCCCACAGCAGGUGUUAAGGCUCAAUAGGUAUACCGCAGAUUACCUGUGUUUACCAGAGGACAACAUCUACAACAUAAACUUCUCUCGUUUCAAGAUUAGAGACCUGGCCAGUGGAGCCGUCAUCCUUGACAUCAAAAAGCAAUGUCCAACAGAAAUCCAAGACAUCAUCAAACCUGAUAUCAACCGAUUUAUCCAGUAUCGCUUCUCACCUGCAUUUCUCACCCUUAAAGAGAUUGGAGCUACGUUGGAAUUCACCGUGGGCAACAGGGCACUGAACCGCUUUCGCCUUAUUGAGAGGCAUUUUUUCAGAAAUGUCCUGCUCAAAACCUUCGACUUUGAGAUUGGCUUCUGCAUCCCACACAGUAGGAACACCUGUGAGCACAUCUACUGCUUACCUGACCUGGAACCACAAACAGUUGAGGAGAUGAUUGCCAAUCCCUUUGAGACACGCUCAGACAGUUUUUACUUUGUCAACAACAAGCUGGUCAUGCAUCACAAAGCGGAGUAUUCCUUUGUGGAAGAGAGACAGACUGACACGUCUUGUCAAAAUGGAAAUGAUUGAAUGAAGUGGGUUUUACAUACAUGCAGUUAUUGUUUAGUUUGGUCUGAACUGAUUAGAAAAUAAACAGCUGGGAAAAAAAACCUGAGGGUGUACACAGGACAGGUUCUGGAACGAUGUGCAUAGAUUUCAUUUAUUUUCAUACCAAAGUUAAUAUUGGCCAUUAACACAAUCAGCAACUGUAUAAAAUUCCCUUCUAUUUCCCAGUUGACCUCUUUUAUUCAUAGCAGUCAUCCAAUAUAUAUACAAAAAUCAAGUACAAUUAUCCCUUGUUUAUUCAGGUUAAUGGAGUCCAGACCCGACUGCGAUAAGUGAAUUUCCGCCAAGUAGGAGUCAAUAUUAAUAAAUGGAUAAUUUUUGUAAUUAGGGCAUAAAAAACCUGGCUAUGACUUUCUAAGUACAGUUUGGGUCAUUAUUAGAGCCCUGUAUACAUGAAAUAACACCCCUAUAUUCACCUUUACACUCCUAUCAUUCUUUUCUUACACUUACAUUGCAACACAUGCUCUGGCUACAGGAUCACUGCAGGGACACAAGAGUAAGCCGCUGCUUUGAGCAUUAGCAUGCUACCAAGCUAACAAGUUAGCAUCCAGUUUAUUUAUUCUAAACUUAAGAAAGGCUUUCAAAUGGAGUUGCUUCCUUUUUACCCAUAGACUCUCUGAUUUGCAUGUUGUUUUCACCUCUAAAUGCAAUCUACACAGGCAAAACAUAUCCUCCCCAAACCCAAACUGAGCAUAGACAUUCAGUGUUAUUUAUUGAUUGAUUAAGUAAUAUAAUGUGAUACACCUGUGCAACAAAACACACCUAUCAGUCACAUGUUCCAGUACUUUGGCUCAAAUGAAAAAUGGGUGGGUAAAAAAAAAAAAGGAUUCUACCGAAAUGUUUUCAGUCUACAGCAAAAAUAAAGAAAUUGAUCCAAUAGAGGCCACUGUACUGUAAGUCUGCACUUUUUAAUAAUAAGGAGAACACGAUGGACCAGGAUUUAAUGAGUUGGUCACAUAGACGGGUUGUCGACAUAAACAGGUUCCACUGUAUGUGUACAAAUCACACUGUUAGAUUAUUGAUUUGUUGGAAAGAAGACUUUACAGCAUAUAACAUGAUAGGAUAGGAUAUUUAAUGUAUUACAUUUGAGUUGUGAUACUUUUUUUUGUUCUGUCUGUACUGAUUGAUUCUCAACUGAGUCCUUUUCAUUUCGUAUGUAAAUAAAGGACUUCAUAUCAACCGAGAAUUGCUAUUUUUACUCAGUACAGUAAACUUAUAAGGCUUGCUUAGUCAACUUAUUCAAGGCUGUGUGAAAAGGUGCAUAUGCUGUACAGAUAUGAUUUCU